CGAUCCUGGCGGAGCUGAAGGAGAGGGAGGGAGACCGUGCCAAGAUCCUGCAUCUCGACAAUCUCUCCACCAGCGCUCGCUUCUGGCGAGGCGCCGACGUCAUGGUCUUCAACACCGGCCACUGGUGGACGCACCAUGGCAAAAUGAGGGCCUGAGACUACUUCCAGCUCAGAGAAGAACUCACGGAGGAGAUGGAACCCGCCGAGACUUUCAACAGAGCCCUCAGAACUUGGGCUCACUGGGUCGACCGCAACAUCGACCCUCGCCGGACCGCCGUCUUCUUCCGCAGCAUCUCGCCAGAGCACAAGAGCAGGGAGAAUUUACAAUGGUGCUACAACCAAACUCGACCCUUCUACGACAACGAGGGAUAUCUGCAGCUGUUUCCCAAGUCGAUGGUGAAGCUGGUAGAGAGGACCCUCCUGAGGAUGAGGACGCCAGUGCGUUAUCUCAACGUGACGAAGCUGUCAGAGUUCAGGCGGAAUGCCCACACGGGCGUCUACACUAAGGCUACGUUUAGUUGGAUGUAAUGUAAUCUAGCUUAUAUGUAAUCAAAUUU